CCCUGGUCGGCUUCGAGGGCAUGGUGGUGCCACUGAGUCGCGACCCCGCCUGGGAUUAUACUCUAGUCUGUUAGCAGUGCGUCUCACGCCUUCCCGACCAGCGCAGGACGUGUGUGUGUCCCUUGUUCCUGCCAGUUAUCCAGUCUCCGAGUCCCAGCCACCUCCCAAUCAGGCAAUGAACGGCACGGAACAGACUGGACUCUCCCCCAUCUCGUGGCAGACUUGCGCCUGGCAGACUCACCUCGUCCCGCUCGCUCCGUGAGCGUUGAUUGCAACGCCUCUUCAGACUUGUUUACUCCACGGGAUCGUGCGCCAUGCUUGGACGGGCCGCCAGUACGUUGCGCGGGGCCGCUACUAUUACCCGCUCCCUGGCCUUGGCCCGCGGCUCCUCACGACACGUCUCGUCCACCACCAGGCCAACCACCUCCACCACCACCACCACCACCCGUCUGCACAGCUCCAUCAGGCCCGGCGGGUGGGCCGUUGGGGUGCUCCUCGCCGGCGGAGUCGGGUACUAUCUCGGCAACAAAGGAGACGGCCCUCUGACGGCCACGCGUGUGGCUGCUGGCGGGCAGGGAGGAAGAGGAAGAGGAGGAGGAGGAGGAGGGGGAGGCCAAGUUCAGGCGCCUCGUGUCCCCGCCGACCCCUCGGAGCACGAGGUGCCCGUCGAGUCGCCCGUCGAGGUGCUCGAUCUCGCGGCCGCCAACGCCAAGAUCCGCGAGCAGGCGAGCAGCUUCGUCUUCGCGAGCGACGCCGAGGGCGGCAGAGGACGCGUCGACGUGGUGCGCGUGUCGAGCAACAACCCCGUCGAGGACGAGUGGGCUUUAGGCUUCGGCCGCGGCGUCGGUGGCGCGGGCGCGCUGUAUGCCGGUGUCUACGAUGGCCAUGCCGGCUGGGCCACGUCUGCCGUGCUCAAGGAUGCCCUGAUCCGCUACGUGUCGAGCUCGCUUGGCAAGCUGCCGGCAUCGAGUGAUGGGCCAUCUGUCGACGCGGCCAUCCAGGGUGCCUUUGUGCGUCUCGACGACCGCAUCAUGGCCACGGCCAGGCGCGCCCUCAACGCAGACUACGAGCACGGGGCCGCGGCGGCGAUCCGUGCCCUGGCGCCCGCCAUAGCCGGCUCUUGCGCCCUCCUUUGCGUCUACGAGCCGGCGUCGCGCACGCUCCGCACUGCCGUGACGGGCGACUCGCGCGCCGUGCUGGGCUCCCGGACCGCUGGCGACGGCGACUACACGUACGCGGCCGAGGCGCUGAGCAAGGACCAGACGGGCUUCAACGCCGACGAGUGCGCACGCCUCGAGCGCGAGCACCCCGGCGAGCUGGCCGACGUCAUCGACCCCAAGACCGGGCGCCUGCUGGGCAUCGCCGUCACGCGCGGCUUCGGCGACCACCGCUGGAAGUGGUCUACCGAGGACGUGUCGUCGGCGCAGGGCCGCUUCUACGGCUUCGGGCCCCGGCAAAAGGUCAAGACGCCGCCGUACAUGACGGCCCGGCCCGAGGUGACGACGCGCCGCGUCUCGGCCGACGACUUUGUCAUCCUCGCGUCGGACGGGCUCUGGGACGUCAUGUCCAACGACGACGCCGUGGCGUGCGUGCGCCGCUGGCUGGCGGCCAAGCGGCGCGGGCGGGCCGAGGACGUGACGCCCAUGGAGUCGCGGCUGAUGGUUGGUGCGGGCGGCUAUGGCGCGUGGAAGGCGACGCCCGAUACGUUUGCCGUCGAGGACCUGGACAGCGCGGCCGUGUGUCUGGUCAAGAACGCGCUGGGCGGGCGGCGGAGGGCCUUGUUCUGCGGCGCGGCGACGGCGGGGGCGCCGCAGAGCAGGUACGUGCGCGACGAUAUGACGGUGCAGGUGAUUUUCUUCAAGGACCCGUACGCGUGAGGGUGUGAGGGAGAUGAUGGAUGAUGGAGAGAGCGUUGCCGACGUGAGCCUUCGUGUUGUUGUGCGUAGAACCAGUGAGUGAUGGCUUCAUGUUGAGCGCCGAUGAAGGGCAUAGGAGGGAGUGAGCGUCUGGGUGGAUGUGAUUGAAGGAGCACAUGCGUGAUGGUUACGUAGCAUGAACGUAGCCGCGUUGAAGGGCUUGUAUGCAGGAGGCUUGCAAGUUGAAGCGAGUUAUUUGCCUUGCAGCUUGCCCUCAGUCUCCAGUUCGAGUCUGGUUUCAUCAGAUACUAUAUAUGUACACACUUGACAC